GUACAGUUGUGGGAGUUGUUCUCUACACUGGAAGGGAGCUGCGCAGUGUGAUGAAUACUUCAAACCCAAGAAGUAAGAUUGGUCUCUUUGACUUGGAAGUGAACUGUCUCACCAAAAUCCUCUUUGGGGCUCUCGUGGUGGUCUCACUCGUCAUGGUGGCCCUUCAGCAUUUUGCUGGCCGUUGGUAUCUUCAGAUCAUAAGAUUUCUCCUCCUCUUCUCAAACAUCAUUCCAAUCAGUUUACGUGUGAAUCUGGACAUGGGGAAAAUUGUCUACAGCUGGGUGAUCCGCAGAGAUUCCAAAAUCCCUGGGACGGUCGUUCGAUCCAGCACUAUUCCAGAGCAGCUGGGGCGGAUAUCCUACUUGCUCACAGACAAAACAGGAACCCUUACACAGAAUGAGAUGGUUUUUAAAAGGCUUCACCUGGGGACAGUAGCUUAUGGACUGGACUCCAUGGACGAAGUGCAGAGCCACAUAUUCAGUAUAUACACACAGCAACCUCAGGACCCACCUGCUCUGAAAGGUGUCACCUUGGCCACCAAGGUGCGAAAAACCAUGAGCAGCCGAGUGCACGAGGCGGUGAAGGCGAUCGCCCUGUGCCACAACGUCACUCCGGUGUACGAGUCCAACGGCGUCACGGACCAGGCCGAGGCCGAGAGGCACUACGAGGACUCCUGCAGGGUGUACCAGGCUUCCAGCCCUGAUGAGGUGGCCCUGGUGCAGUGGACGGAGAGCGUGGGCCUAACGCUGGUGGGCAGAGACCAGUCCUCUGUGCAGCUGAGGACACCGGGCGGCCAGAUCCUGAACUUCACCAUCCUGCAGAUCUUCCCCUUCACUUACGAGAGCAAACGGAUGGGAAUCAUCGUUCGGGAUGAAUCAACAGGCGAGAUCACUUUCUACAUGAAGGGGGCCGAUGUGGUCAUGGCUGGCAUCGUGCAGUACAACGACUGGCUGGAAGAAGAGUGUGGUAACAUGGCGAGGGAAGGCCUGAGGGUUCUUGUUGUAGCCAAGAAGUCUCUGACUGAGGAGCAGUAUCAAGACUUUGAAGCUCGCUACGUGCAGGCGAAGCUGAGCGUGCACGAUCGCUCGCUGAAGGUGGCCACGGUGAUCGAGAGCCUGGAGAUGGAGAUGGAGCUGCUGUGCCUCACUGGAGUGGAGGAUCAGCUGCAGGCGGACGUCCGACCUACCCUGGAGACGCUACGAAACGCUGGCAUUAAGGUGUGGAUGCUGACAGGGGAUAAGUUGGAGACAGCCACGUGUACAGCCAAGAAUGCACAUUUGGUGACGAGAACACAGGACAUCCAUAUAUUCCGACUAGUGACCAACCGUGGAGAAGCCCAUCUGGAGCUGAACGCCUUCCGCCGGAAACACGACUGCGCGCUUGUUAUUUCUGGCGACUCGCUCGAGGUGUGUCUGAAAUACUACGAGUAUGAGUUCAUGGAGCUGGCUUGCCAGUGCCCUGCCGUGGUGUGCUGCAGAUGUGCCCCCACGCAGAAGGCUCAGAUCGUGCGCUUGCUCCAGGAGAGAACUGGCAAACUCACCUGUGCCGUAGGGGAUGGAGGGAACGACGUCAGCAUGAUCCAGGAGGCCGACUGUGGUGUUGGCGUUGAAGGAAAGGAAGGAAAACAGGCUUCACUUGCAGCAGAUUUCUCUAUUACUCAGUUCAAACAUCUGGGCCGUUUACUAAUGGUGCAUGGAAGGAACAGUUACAAAAGGUCGGCAGCUCUCAGCCAGUUUGUAAUCCACAGGAGCUUGUGCAUCAGCACAAUGCAGGCUGUUUUCUCAUCAGUAUUUUACUUUGCUUCAGUUCCCCUCUACCAGGGCUUUCUCAUCAUUGGGUACUCUACAAUUUACACGAUGUUUCCAGUGUUUUCUUUAGUCCUGGACAAAGAUGUUAAGUCUGAAGUUGCAAUGUUGUACCCAGAGCUCUAUAAAGACCUUCUUAAGGGGCGACCACUAUCAUACAAAACAUUUUUGAUAUGGGUCUUGAUUAGCAUCUAUCAAGGUAGCAUCAUCAUGUACGGAGCGCUGCUCCUCUUCGAGUCGGAGUUUGUCCACAUCGUCGCCAUUUCCUUCACGUCCCUCAUUCUCACCGAGCUGCUGAUGGUGGCUCUGACCAUCCAGACGUGGCACUGGCUCAUGAUAGUGGCUGAGCUGCUUAGUCUCUCCUGCUACAUAGCCUCACUGGUCUUCUUACAUGAGUUUAUUGAUGUUUACUUCAUUGCAACUCUGUCGUUCUUGUGGAAGGUCACGGUCAUCACCCUGGUGAGCUGCCUGCCCCUCUACGUCCUCAAGUACCUGCGGCGAAGGUUUUCUCCCCCAAGCUAUUCAAAGCUCACGUCAUAGGGCCACUCUCUUUGCCCACCAGAGACAAAUCCUGCACAUGGCUGAGAGACGAAAAUCAUGUAGUUGUAACUAUGCUGAAUGCGUCUGGUAUUUGCGUAAGGAUCUCAUGGUAAUCUCUGUUAUAUGCUGCUUUAUUGAAACAGACUUAACAACUGCCGUGAACAGAAACUUAAUGAUAAAUGGGAGUUUUUUGAGAGUAAAGGCUCUCGUUAGUUCAUCCAAUUUUUGUCACUUUUGUUCAAAUUAAUUGGGGUAAAAUGCAUGCAACUGCAAUGACGAUUGGUUUCUCAUGUGUGAUGCAGAGUAUCUGAAAGCUGCUAACUGACCUUGGAAUUUAUACGUGAUGAAAAUUUUAAGUUACUUUUUAAGUAUCUGUGAUGUUCCUUACAUGGUGUUGUGUUGUUUUAUAUUAUUUAUGGUUUUGAGUCAAGUAGGUACGUUCUUUUUCCGUCUUGGAAAGUCUUUACUGUAGGUGAUGCACUAUAUUGCUGACAGCCAGUUCCUGAUUUGUGCCAUGCCAUUCU